AUGGACCUGCUGGAGAAGAAAACGCUCAAGGUCACACGGGGCUUCACCUAUACCUACUACACCAGCCCCGCAAAGGAUGGUCGCCCUACAUUGCUCUUGAUCCAUGGUUUCCCAGACGCCCCUGAUACCUAUGAGGACGCGAUCCGAGACUAUUUGCUCCCCAAUGGGUACGGUGUGAUUGCUGUAGACUGCUUGGGCUACAAUGGCACCUCCAAGCCCACGGACAAGGAGUCGUACAAUAUGCAGCUGAUGACCCAAGACCUCAAGGAGAUCGUGGACAAGGAGGGUCUCGACAAGGUCAUUUCCGUCGGUCAUGACUGGGGCGCCGCCGUCGCACAACGCUUCUACAAUUUCCACCCUGACCGUGUGUGCGGCCUCAUUCUUCUGAACGUGGCCUAUAUGCCUCCGUCACCGGAACCAUUCAAUCUCGACAACGUCCUCGAACUGACCAAGAGUAUCUUCGGCUACGGCACCCACUGGUACUGGAAGCUCUUCACGGCCGACGACGGUGCACAGGUCCUGGACGGGCACCUGGACGCCAUGUGGGACGUCGCACACGGCGAGCCCGAGACCUGGCUCGAGACGCUGUGUUACCCCGAUGGGUUGAGAAACUUUGUUCUGGCCGACAAGAGACAGCCCACGAUGGCCUACGCGACCGAGGAGCGCAAGCAGAAGUGGAUCGCCUCCAUGAAGGAAGGAGGCUUCGACGCCCCGCUCAAUUACUACCGAGCCAUGGUGUUUGGCGUGCAGCACAAAGCUGAGGCCAACAUCCCCAAGGAGAACAUCCCCGUCAAGUGCCCGUUUUUGUUCUGGGGUGGCAAGAGGGACAUGGUCUGCAGGCCUGAGUUGCUCCAGGGGAGUCUGGAUGCCGGUUUGAUCCCAGACAGCACGCAGGUCGUGGUUGAUUCGGGCCAUUGGGCUCAUUUGGACAAGCCCAAGGAGUUUGGCGAGGCGCUGGUGGGCUGGCUGAAGGCGAAGUUCUGA